AGCGUGCAGCUCUCGGUGACAUUAUCAGUUAAAAAACAAAAAUCCGGAACGAAUAAAAUAAAAGAGUGACGAUAAGAUCGUACAAGUGUUGAUUCGAAAGACUGGGGUACCAUGGGGAAUCAUUGCUGUCAAGGCCAAUCUGAACUAGCGGAUGGUUUUGAAGUGGAAAGACGAAUGGGUUCACGCGGAAAUAUCCAACCAUCCGUCGCUAUGAUGUACCACGACGACGACAAGAGGAUCGAUCCGCUACACAAGGUCAACGAAUAUUACCAAAUCUUGCGCGAAAUUCAAACGGAGAAUUUAAACAAAAUGCGCGACCAGCUGAAAAAAAAUCCCCAACUUUUCCUGCUAAACAAUCUUAUCUUGGCCAUCCAGUUUUUUGACAACUUCGACAGGGAUAAAGAAUCCAUCCGAUCGACAAAAACAGAUCAAGAGACGGCUGUCAAUAACGCCUUGGGAGACGUCCGACGAGGCUGCCAUUACGAAAGUGCGUUAACCGAAAUGGUUGGACGGGCCUAUCGUUACCAGCCAAAAGGAGCCAAUCUACCCGAAGUCGUGAGCAACACGCGCUACAACAUCAUUCACCGGAAUCUUGAAGUCUACCCACAAGAACAGUAUUCUUCGUUGGUUUGCAAUGAGUACACAUCCGCCGACGACCCCAUCUACCGUUUCUGCAUGGAAGAUGUCGAAAAAUUGCCAGGCUGGAUCAAGUUGCGCUGCGUCGACAUACCGAAUGGCCACCGCAGUUCGGAUGGUACACACUCGACAACCUACGACAGAGUGGACAACGAUAGCGAAAGUUACUAUGGCAAAUCAAGUGAUUAUGACAGUCCAAAGUCGAGCGUCCAAUGCGACAGUAUACCGUCGGUGAAAUCAGGCAGCAGUGGAACCACGCCCGAGAAAAUAUUGGCCAGCCAAGAAAUCUCAAAACGUCCGCCAAUGGCAACACCGGAUGUCAGUUCAUCAUCGUCGACGGACGACGAUGGCGGUGAUCAGUUUCCAUCAACAGGACCCGAGUUGAUGAAAGAGAUCGCGAACCGAAUGAAAGGCAAAGAUAAUCGACCGACCGUCUCACCUGUCCCGCUAUCGGACGAUUACGGCCGCUUACGAGCACAAAAACAGGCUCUUAUAGUUCCUACCCUUCCGGCCAAAGUGAAAACUAAACGACGCGGAGUCAAAUCGAUUGAAUCUUCAAGUGACGAUGAUUACGACUACACAUCCAUUAACGAUCUUCCCCGUCCACUCGACGGAUCGAAAUUAGGACAAGUGCAAAAACCACGGAAUUCGGCACUGUCUUCCGACUGCUUCCAAACUAUUAAAAUUCGAGUUGUCGAUUCGGCAGAUAACCCAUUGGGACUCGGCGGACUGUUCGAACGGAAAACGUAUCUCUCUUCGACGGCAUUCUUCAGUCAAUUUGCCGAAAUGUUUUACGAAUGGAGUCAAAAACUGGACCGUAGUUUGCAAGACGCUAGCAGCUACAAGGCAGCCAUCUGUUGUACAUUGAUUAAACCAGCAAGUAAUUGCCAGUACAGAACAACUGUGGAAUUCUUCCCCGUCAUCCCCGUUAACCAAUGGCCUGACAUUGCUCGAGAAUGGCAAAAUCGCAAACGGACAGCCGUGCUGGACAAGCGAACUAAUAUCCAAUAUCGAUGGCCUCAACCUACUCAAGUAGAAACCAUAGUCAAGCAGGGCUGUCACCUCAGCACGGAGGGCGGGAAAUCCCGUGGACGGACAUCACCCAACGCGAAAUUAGAAUGGCAGUUUAGUUUUGGAACAGCACAAGACGCUCUGCUGUCUUCGCUAAGCGAGCCGCAUCUUCGUGCUCUGCUAUGGGCGCGCUUAAUAUUCCAUCACGUUAUAGCUCCGAUCGGAGUUUUAUCGCAAUGCCACGUCGAGACCGUCUUCUUCUGGCUAGUAGAAUCCAAUUACAUCGACUGGAACGAAGCUUCGCUCGGUGAGAACGUCAUGAACAUCUUCCAAACACUGUACACCUGCAUACAGCAACGUAAAUUGCAGCACUACUUCAUCCGGAAGCGUAACUUAUUCAGCAGCAAAGCUCCAAAAGAUCUGGUCAAAGCUCAAGGAAAGAUGUUCCGGUUAAUUGAAAAGUUCGUCCCACUAACGAUGCAGGCCGCCAAACAAUUACAAACGUCCAAUUCGACUUUCCCUUUCCCCGAUUUGACGCGCUUAUGGGAAAUCGUGACCACCCCGCUAACUCUCGCAUCCAUCAAUCCCGGACUUGCCAGUUCAAACAAACAUCUCAGCACCAGUGACACUAGCUUAAAUGGCGUCAAGAAGAAGCCUGGCAAUCGGGGUAAGUCGAGCGACGAAGGAUUUUGGGAAGCAGUGGCAAAGCCUCCGGCGGGCGAUAAAACACGCGAUCUCCUACGAAAAGAACGAGCGCGUAUCGACGCUGAGGAACGUGAAAAACGUCAAGUUCCAGUUGCUGAAGCUGCAGACAAAGCGGAUAUUAAGAUCACAGCAUUUAACAUUAGUCAGACGAAAGUUUUGCUCGAGUUCUUUUGCGAGCAUUUCAUACGCAUGGCCGCGUCAUGCAACAAAAUCCGUGCGUACGACAAAAGCACGGUAUUUUUAGAUCAAGCCUUCAACUUGGCAACGCUGCUCAAAGAGGAAAGGUUCGACGAAUCGGCUGACGAUCUUUUAGAAGUUAUCGAGAAACUUAGAAGCGCUGCCCAUCAGGGUCAGUUCACGGAGCCUAUAAUAAACAUUCCAGGAUCGCCUUGCGUUUUUCAAACAGGUGUAGAAGCACCUGUUGGACGGCCGAUAUCAAAUGGUGGACCUUAUCGAAAUAGCAGCCUGUCAAGCGGUGCCAUUCGAUUAACUCCUCUACCACUAACGCCAAGUCAACAACCGUUCCAUUUCAACAAAGCAAACGGACACGUCCCGUCUAAAUCUGCAUUAAGUUACGAACAAGAUUUCUUAAACGGUCCUAUGAUACAUUCAACGAGCGUCGAGAAACCCAAAGGAACAGCGAACGUAACAUCGGCCGUCAUCGAAAGCGUAAGAUCGAGCGAAACGGAACCGACGGACCAAUUCGACAGCCCACCACCGAUGCACAGAACGUUUAACAAAACAAUGACGUUAUCGGAUGAUGACGAAUCAACCGAUUUUUAAACCAAAAUUAGCAACCCAACUGUUUAGAAUAUCUUAAUUUUGUUUUUAGGACUGCAAUCGAAUUGCAUUUUUUUUUAAUGCUCGCUCGUGUAAAGUUAUUAAAUGUCUUAUUCAUUUCCCGCUGUCCCCAUAUUAAUAUUUACGAUCCUUCUUGAAUUAAUAUAAAGCCUGUUCAAUAAAAUGUGAAAUGUCCAACUUACCGUAA